AUGGCUUCGGCUUCUCUUUUUGACUUAAGAGUUCAUCGAACCCCGCGGCCGGUGACAUCAGCACCGAAACCCCGAGGUCCUGGCCCCGCCGUGCCGGCAAAGUUGAGGCCGAAGACGAAAACGCAUCGGCCGAUGCCAGUGCAGACUCUCACUUCUAGACAUACACUCUCAUAUACGAAACCGUUGAGUGCCAAAUUUAAGCUAUCAGAUAGAAGUUCUGGCCAGGGUUACGAAAAACCUAUUGGUAUUCUCUCACUCUGUGAGCUCCAGACGUUCAUAACGCAGUGCCAAGAAAUCACAUCUGGAUAUUUUGCACGAUCUGGCGAUGUUGCGAAAGAUACGCUCUUCUUCUCAUUUUCUCUCACCGACACUCACCUGAACAACCUCUCGGGAGUAAACACCCCCUUUCUAAACCCCCCAAAGGCCAAUCAUCAGCGGUCGACUUCCCCGCAAGGUUCGGCGCACUUAGCCAUUGGACGCCAGCAACAUCCCAAAUCCGCUAGUCGGGCAAUUUUCGAUGGGAGCAACGCAGUAGAGAGCCCAGAGGAGGUCACAGGUGAAGAGGAGAUCCAGUCCUUUUUCUCCUCCCGCAUGACCUACCGAAACCUUCCGAUCCAUGAGGUGGGCUUUGGCCGAUUUCACGAUACUUGGGUUGGGCUUCACUUCCAUGUGUUCAAGACUGAUUCUAGCCGGUGA